GUCGCGUUCUGCUCAUCCCGCCCGCUCCCGGGCGCGGGACGCGCUGAUUGGCUGCAGGGCUCACGCGAGCUGCGCGGGGGGCGGGUUUGGCCGCGAGUAACCCCGGACGCGCGAGCUGCCCGCGCGACCUUUCUCCUGCGUUAGUGGUGCCGCGGCGCCCCCUCCCCGGCGGUCGCAGGAGAGCGGCAAGAUGGCGGCGCUGAGCAAGUCCAUCCCCCACAACUGCUAUGAGAUCGGGCACACCUGGCACCCGCACUGCGGCCAGGCCUUCGUGCACAUCACCCGCGGGGCGCUGGCCGAGUCCCUGCGCAUCUACGGCACCCUCUACCUGAUUGCAGCAGUUCUCAGGAAACGAAAGCUUGACUAUUAUCUGCACAAACUGCUACCUGAGAUUUUGCAGUCAACUUCCUUUCUGACUGCGAAUGGGAGCUUGUAUAUUGCUUUUUUUUGCAUUUUAAGGAGGAUACUUGGAAAAUUCUACUUUUGGACUCCGGGCUUCGGAGCUGCUUUACCAGCUUCCUAUGUGGCCAUUCUCAUUGAAAGGAAAAGCAGGAGAGGUCUACUUACAAUCUACAUGGCUAAUUUGGCCACGGAAACCCUUUUUCGAAUGGGGGUAGCAAGAGGAGCCAUUACACCUUUAAGGCAUGGAGAAGCUUUGGAUCAGGCCCAUUCAACAUGGAAAAUUAAGGUCCUUUUGUUCUGCAUCACAGCUGCUCUGUUCAUGUUCUUUUUCAGGUGCAAAGAUGGCUUGAAAGGAUUUACAUUCUCUGCACUUAAGUUUAUUGUAGGUAAAGAAGAAAUUCCCACACAUUCAUUUUCACCAGAAGUAGCAUUUUCAAAAAUAGACAGGAAGAUAAAGCACCGGGAAGAAGUAUCGCGGCGAAUGAACAUAAUUGCUCUAACAAAGAAACUUGUGGACAAAGUAUGCAAACAUGGUCCAAGACAUAGAUGCUGUAAACAUUAUGAAGAUAAUUGCAUCUCAUAUUGCAUUAAAGGCUUCAUUAGAAUGUUUAGUGUUGGUUACCUGAUCCAGUGUUGCCUUCGAAUCCCAUCAGCGUUCAGGCAUCUCUUUACAAAACCUUCCCGGCUGCUUUCUCUAUUCUAUAACAAGGAAAACUUCCAGCUUGGAGCUUUUCUGGGAUCUUUUGUCAGUAUAUACAAAGGUACUAGUUGCUUCCUGCGCUGGGUACGAAACCUGGAUGAUGAACUUCAUGCUCUUAUAGCGGGAUCCCUGGCAGGAGUUUCUAUGAUGUUUUACAAAAGCACUACUAUCUCCAUGUACCUGGCUUCCAAACUAGUGGAGACCAUGUACUUCAAAGGCAUUGAAGCAGGAAAGGUUCCCUAUUUUCCUCAUGCAGACAGCAUCAUCUAUGCCAUUUCCACAGCAAUCUGCUUUCAGGCGGCUGUGAUGGAAGUUCAGACCCUGAGACCUUCUUACUGGAAAUUCCUAUUACGACUCACAAAAGGCAGGUUUGCUGUCAUGAAUAGACGAGUAUUAGAUGUAUUUGGUACUGAAGCAUCUAAGAACUUCAAGAAUUUCAUACCUAAGCUUGACCCAAGAUAUACUUCUGUACCACCGGAGCUACCAAUUGAGCUGUCUUGAAAAAGGAUACUUUCUCUUGUGAUUAAAUAUGAUCAUUUUGUCCUGAAGAGUUAAUUAACUUAACAGUCAAAUAGAUGGAAGGGGACUUGUGCUCCACUUCAGUAUUAUUUCAAUAAGAAAUGCUUUUUACCAAUCAGAAAUACUGAAGCUUUGUAGGAAGACGUGGCUUAAUAAUUAAGCCCUUUCCAUAGCCAGAAACUGUUUCUGGAUCAUUGUAGUUGAUUGACAAUAUGGUAGAUUCUGGACUGAAUUAAAUCAAUGAGUAAUAUAUCUAUAGAAACGAGAAUUAAAAUACACCUAUGACAUAAAUAUACUUUAAAAUAACAUUUUCAAAAUUUCUUUAGCUCAUUCCAGUAGAAAAUUUCUUCGUAAAACUAAUGAUAUUUCCAAAAUUAGAAAGGAUGGUUUAGGUCCAAAGUUUUACCUUAUCUUAAAACUGGUGAGAAAUGUCCCCUGAAUUUCAAAUGUGCGUUUUUAAAAAUCCACCAGUCUAUCACUGACAAUUUUAAAAAUAACCAAUAGCCACUUUUUAUUCAGGCCUAGGCUAUUUCUACCCAGCUACGGCUACAAAAACACCCAGCCCAGCAUCAAAAGAGUGCUGCUUAGCCCAUAAAUCAUACUCCAGAGCUGUCAUUCCAUUACUGUAGACCAUGAACAAAGGAAAUGUAAAAAGCCAGGUGUCAGUGACUUGUUCUUAAGAAACAGCAGUGUGUGGAAGUUAAUAUUUGCCAAAGGGAACAUGACAAGACAAUGAGAGGGAGGAAUGCAAUGGUUGAGCUUUUGAGAGGGUAGUCCAAACAAUAGACAGGUUAAAAUACAAACACACACACUACAAUUAAAUCAGUUUUACAAAAAAGACUUGACAAGUAUCAGUUUAGAUGAAAUCUACUUGAUUUAAGCAUCAAUACUAAAUUUGCAAUUCCAAUGGCCUUCAAAAGGGACCAAACUCCUAAAGUUCAACUAUCGUAGCAAAACAGUUUUAUUUGACACAUUCAUUCAUGUUUCUUCAUAUCCAGUUGUUCCUGUUAAUCAAUAAAGAAUGCUUUCCCCUUGAUAUAGCAGACAGUCGUGACUAUAGACAAUUCCAUGAAGUUUAAUAUGGUACUUAAUAUAUAAUAUAUCUACUCAAAAUCCACUUUUCUUUCUCUGCAUAUUUUUACAAACGACACUUCACCUUUGUGUUCUAAAGUGAAAUCUUGACAUGCUAAUUCUUUUACUACUUCUGUUGUUUAUAGGCGGUUCAGGGCAGACAUGGCUGAAUUAUGAUCAGACUCUCCUAGCUUUUCAGGGAAAAUAUGAGCUUUACUUGCAUUCGACUAAAAAGAGCAGACAAUGGAAAUGCGACAAAUGCCUGUGAAUGGGAAGUAAGGAUGUAUGUAUUUUUUUAAAAAAAUCUGGUUUAUUUGCUGGAAGCUUUUGCCGCACAUAAUAAAAUAACUACUUAAUAGACCUGUGUCAUAACAGUAAUUCUGUCCCAGUCUUAACACAUUUCAGCACCCAUUUGUUUAAUUUCACAAAGCCAUAUAUGCUGACAUUUACAUCAGACUUAACAAAAUUGUCAUGAAAAUGUACCAGCCCAUGGACAAAACCUACCUGUUCAUUCUUUACCAUCACAAUGAUGAUCAUCAGCUACUUAUGAUCCCUUGUGAAAACAACAUACACGGCCCAAGUUGAGUGGGAGAGUAAAAUUUUGCAAGGUUUGUGUGCAGUAACUUAUUUGCUUGUAAUGGUAAACUAAAAUUGCUCAAAAAUAAAAAAAAAUCAACUGGGCUCUGGCAGAAUCGUAGAGGGAAUGUUGGAAGGACUGUUUUUCCAUUAGCAUUUCUAAAACACACGACCUUCUGAAGUCUGAAUGCUAGAUGUUUUGGGUAACAUUUUAGAACUGAUGUACUAGACUAUCAGGAUUUAGUAGAGUGAUUGUGCCAGUCUCAGACUUUUCAAAAUCUUUUACAAGUAGCUUAGCUUUGAUUUUCUUUGUUGGAAUGAAAACGGUGAUAGGUCUCUGUAUUUGAGUUAAAACAGCUGAGUACUGCGUCUCAAUAUCUAGAUACCGGUUCGGUCCAUGUCUUCUUGUUUCCUACAUUCAUAGUCCUUGUUUUUAAUGGCUGUCAUGUAAUGUAAAAAUAAAACAUUUUAAACCUUAAA